GAUCAGUUUAGUGUUCUGCGCAAAGAACUUCGCUUGGUAGCGAUACUGUGUAGUGUGAUCUGUGCUUGUGUGUUUGUGCCUCUGUGCUCUGUGAACACAGUGCCGUGAGUGACGUAUGUGAUUAUAGAUUCUUCUAGUGGACUGGAUUCACGAUUUACCAUGGAUUAUAACAUGGGAUUACUCAGUGGUGAUACGCCAUCUGAAAUUUACGGAAAUCCCAAUGUCACCCUUGGCAGAUCUUCCAGCGGCCUCACACAACAAAUGUCUCGAGCCGGCAUGCUCCAAACAAAUUGUGGCGGUCUUAAUAGAGGUCUUAAAAGGCCUAGCUCAGAUUCUUGUUUUGAUGACAGAGGAAUGGGCUCGGGAAUAGGGCUCGAUGCCUGUGGCGUACAAGACGUCGUAGAUGACAGUUAUACGUCAAUACAACAAAAGAAAUCGCCACCUUCCAAUGGAAAAAAGACUAAGGGGCGCGUUAAAAUAAAAAUGGAAUACAUAGAUAACAAAUUAAGGAGAUACACGACAUUUUCUAAGCGAAAAACUGGCAUUAUGAAGAAGGCAUACGAGCUUUCUACGCUAACUGGAACCCAAGUCAUGCUUUUAGUGGCUUCAGAGACUGGACAUGUGUACACAUUCGCUACGCGAAAGCUGCAGCCUAUGAUCACUUCAGAAGCUGGUAAGGCUCUCAUACAGACGUGCCUGAAUUCCCCUGAUCCGCCGACCGGCAACCAAGGUGGUCCUGGUGGCCAGGGCGGCGACCAGAGAAUGUCGGCGACAGGUUUCGAGGAGACGGAGCUCACGUACAACAUCGCGGAUGAAGAUACCAAAGUAAGACAGUUAGUAUACGGCUCUGGCGCAGGCAUGUCGCAAGCGCAUGCGCAGCACGUUCAGCAACAGCAACAGCAGCACUAUGGCGGUCAUUUAGACGCGGUCCCAUGUCCGCCGUGGGCAUGA